GAACAGCGUGCGCCGCCACGACCCGGACGGCCGCCCGGCCAAUAGGCAAGGCGCUGCAAGUGACCACGCCCCCCGCCCUCCUCGCAAGGAAACGGAGUCCGGCCUGGCUGCUGGCUUCUGAUUGGCUGGGGCAAGCAGGCUGCUGCGGGCGAAGCCGGUUUUCUAGCACUCAGGGGUGGCAGCCAGAAGCCGGCAGGACAGUAAGGGACGCCGCGUCUAGGAAGACUCUUCAAGAAACCACAAUGUCAUCCAACACAGACCUUUCUCUCUCUUCAUAUGAUGAAGGUCAGGGGUCUAAGUUUAUCCGGAAAGCUAAGGAGACACCGUUUGUCCCCAUUGGGAUGGCGGGCUUUGCAGCAAUUGUGGCGUAUGGAUUAUACAAGCUGAAGAGCAGGGGAAACACGAAGAUGUCCAUUCACUUGAUCCACAUGCGGGUAGCCGCCCAGGGCUUUGUGGUGGGGGCCAUGACUCUUGGUAUGGGCUAUUCCAUGUAUCAGGAAUUCUGGGCCAAGCCUAAGCCUUAGAAGAGCUGCUGCCUUGGUCUGGGAAGUGCCUGCUUUAGUUAGACGUCUCAUAUUGAGGUUACGUGUUGUGUCUGCAAUAAAUAACAUGUGGGUUUCGACAAAAUACA